AUGGCUGUAUGUCCAGACAAAUAUGCCCCCGCGGAGCAAGUAGCCACAUCAGAUCCCAAAGUUUCUGAGCCGACGGAACCGGAGCCAGCAAAAGAACAAACUCCAGAAACUAAGGAAGCUGCAGCAGUCCCAGAACCCUCUCAGGAACCUUGUGAAAAAGCUGUUACACCUCCAGUGGUCCCCAGCGAACCAGCUGUAGCACCGCCAGUGGUUUGCGUCACACCGCCUGAACCAGAACCAGCAGUGCAACCAGUCAAACCUCCAGCACCAGAAGUCAACCAAAGCAAUGGCACCCCCAACGGUACCAACGGAGAAGAUGCGCCCUCACAGGUCGAUGGUGUGCAGUCUUCGCCACCAAUCAGUGUCGGGUCAAAUUGA